CACUUGAGCCCGGGAGUUUGAGGGUGCAGUGAGCUGAUAUCAGGCCACUGCACUCCAGCCUGGGCGACAGAGCGAGACCCUGUCUCAAACAAAACAAAACAAACCACCACCACCACCAGACAUGGGGGCCAGUGCAGCUGAAGCCUGAAGAUCAAGGGCUAGAAGAGGCCAGGCCGGGGCCAGAUCAGGCAGGGCCUUGCAGGUUGUGGUUAGUUGUUUGGAUUUUAUUGUGAGGGAAAUAACACGACAUGUCAUUCCUUCUGCAACAGCCUUAAGAACUAGGCGUUCUUAUCCCAAUUUCACAGACGAGGACGAUCAAGUCGUUAAUUUGUCAAAGGUCACCCGCAGGCGACAGGCGGGGACAGGGUCUGGGAAAACCCGCUAGGCACCGAGGCCCAGAGGGCGUCGGGCGUCCCCGCACCGAGUGCCGCCCGCCGCGACCCGGGAACUGCCUGCUCCCCGGACGCCAGGCCCGCCGCACGCCGCGGGGACACGGAACAUGCGCCGCUCGCCUUACGGAAGCCGGGAAGGAAGGGGGCGGGGCCGAGGCUGGCGGGCGCGGGGAAAAUGGCGGCGGCGGCGGCGGCUGCAGCUGCAGCUACGAACGGGACCGGAGGAAGCAGCGGGAUGGAGGUGGAUGCAGCAGUAGUCCCCAGCGUGAUGGCCUGCGGAGUGACUGGGAGUGUUUCCGUCGCUCUCCAUCCCCUUGUCAUUCUCAAUAUCUCAGACCACUGGAUCCGCAUGCGCUCCCAGGAGGGGCGGCCUGUGCAGGUGAUUGGGGCUCUGAUUGGCAAGCAGGAGGGCCGAAAUAUCGAGGUGAUGAACUCCUUUGAGCUGCUGUCCCACACCGUGGAAGAGAAGAUUAUCAUUGACAAGGAAUAUUAUUACACCAAGGAGGAGCAGUUUAAACAGGUGUUCAAGGAGCUGGAGUUUCUGGGUUGGUAUACCACAGGGGGGCCACCUGACCCCUCGGACAUCCACGUCCAUAAGCAGGUGUGUGAGAUCAUCGAGAGCCCCCUCUUUCUGAAGUUGAACCCUAUGACCAAGCACACAGAUCUUCCUGUCAGCGUUUUUGAGUCUGUCAUUGAUAUAAUCAAUGGAGAGGCCACAAUGCUGUUUGCUGAGCUGACCUACACUCUGGCCACAGAGGAAGCGGAACGCAUUGGUGUAGACCACGUAGCCCGAAUGACAGCAACAGGCAGUGGAGAGAACUCCACUGUGGCUGAACACCUGAUAGCACAGCACAGCGCCAUCAAGAUGCUGCACAGCCGCGUCAAGCUCAUCUUGGAGUACGUCAAGGCCUCUGAAGCGGGAGAGGUCCCCUUUAAUCAUGAGAUCCUGCGGGAGGCCUAUGCUCUGUGUCACUGUCUCCCAGUGCUCAGCACAGACAAGUUCAAGACAGAUUUUUAUGAUCAAUGCAACGACGUGGGGCUCAUGGCCUACCUCGGCACCAUCACCAAAACGUGCAACACCAUGAACCAGUUUGUGAACAAGUUCAAUGUCCUCUACGACCGACAAGGCAUCGGCAGGCGAAUGCGCGGGCUCUUCUUCUGAUGAGGGUACUUGAAGGGCUGAUGGACAGGGGUCAGGCAACUAUCCCAAAGGGGAGGGCGCUACACUUCCUUGAGAGAAACCGCUGUCAUUAAUAAAAGGGGAGCAGCCCCUGAGCACCCCU